CGCGUAGAACUCCGCUGACGGCGAGUCAUGCUGCCUGCACUGGUGUAAACACGCGCCUGCAGCACCCCCAAGCAAGAACAACUUUGGUCAGUUUAACUGCCGCAUCUAUUGUUCCCAUUGCCCUUAGCAGAGCUUCCUCUUCCUCACUGUGGUGGCCUGGUGGGGGAUCCGCGCCUCCCCCAUCGCCGGCGAGCUCAUGGCCCCCCCGCCGCCGGAGGAUCUCCAAUGCGCCGUGAACGGCAACUGCGCCGCCCCGCCGGGGAAGCCCCUGGCGGCGCUGGCCGCCAGGGAUGGCGAGCUCCGGUGGCUGCGGCGGUGCGUGGAGGCAGCAGCGAAGGGCUUCGCCAUCGGCGGGGGCCUCAAGGGCGGCCUCGCGCUCUUCUCCGUCCUCGUCCGCAUCCGCAGCCGCCGCUCCCCCAGAUCGAGGAAGGCCGGAGCUAUGACGAACGACGAGGCCGUGGUGCUCGCGGUCAAGGAGACUGUGAGGUACGGCUUGUUCUUGGGGACCUUUGCCGGCAGCUACGUCUCUGUCGACGAGUACAUCGCCGCCGUCUGGGGACGUAAGAGAACAGCAAGGUGGAGAUCAUUAUUAGCUGGGUUGAUUGCUGGUCCUUCUAUGCUCCUGACAGGACCAGGAACUCAGCAUACGAGCUUGGCUAUAUACAUUCUGAUGCGUGCAGCAGUGCUUGCAUCCCGUUGUGGAAUAAAGAGCAAACGUUUUGGAAAGAUCUGUAAACCUUUGACUUGGUCACAUGGUGAUGUCUUCCUUAUGUGCCUCUCAUCUGCACAAAUUUUGUCCGCGUACAUUUUAAAGCAGGAGAGUUUGCCGUCGUCAUAUAAAUCAUUUCUAAACAAGCAUGGUGGAAAAGAUCUUUCUAUUUUGCAAGGUGUGAAGGAUGUAGUCAACCACACUGCUUUCAGCAACUUAGCGGGUAUCGAGAAGUACUACAAAUCUGUUGGUGUUGACAUAAAGCUAGAUCCGAACAUGAAAGUGCCCUGCUCAAUUGUGCAUGGUAACCAGUCAUGUACAGGACAUGUCUUUUCAUUCUUGUUGCAAGCAUAUGGAAGAGCAGUUCCUGUAUACGUUCCAGUCUACUUAGUCCCUGCACUUGUAGUUCAUAGGCAGCAUCUCCUGAAAAGGCCUUACUCAAUUAUCGGGAAGAGUUUUCUAGGAGUAGCAAGAUCUAGUAUGUUUCUCUCAGUAUACUGUGCAUCUGCAUGGGCUUGGACCUGCCUGCUUUUUAGGACCUUCCACAGAGCCAAUACCCCUCUUGUCAUCCUUGGCACGUUUCCAACAGGUCUGGCGUUGCUUAUCGAGAAGAAGAGCAGGAGAAUUGAGAUAUCCUUGUAUUGUCUUGCCAGAGCUAUCGAGAGUUUUUUCACAUGGAUGACCGAUGCAGGACUCUGCCCUCCAAUACUGCAGAUAAAGCGAGCCGAUGUGGUUGUGUUCAGCAUAGCUACCUCUAUCAUUAUGCACUGCUAUGCGCAGGAAAGAGAAGUCUUCCGGUCCAAGUACCUGAAUGUGCUGGACUGGGUAUUUGGUGUGCCACCACCACCUGACAGUGAGGACAAGAAUUGCUAUCGACCAGAUGAAGCCAAGAAAUGCCAGUGACAUACUGGCUUGUAGAGUUCGUUGCAUGAUUUUUGUCUGGUCAUGUGAUCCUAGCGCGAGACUAUACCCAUUAGAGGGUUUAGUGAACAAACCUUGUACAGGACUCUUCGCGACAAAUCGGGACAUAGUGGAUAUAGCAAAAUAGAUUUAUUCAAUUGAUUUAUCAAAACGAUGCCCUGGUCAAUUAAAUGGCCAUGUGUGGUUGUAACUUAUGACCUUGAUGUCAUGAUGUGUGAAUGUAACUUAUGGUCUUUGAAAUCGUUAAAAUGAAAUUGUCCAUUCUAUUGUUUCA